CCCAUCCAUGCCAUUCUCGAUAAGCAAAGGGCACUAUCGUCAUAUCGAGGAAAGUCUUAGGGUUUCGCCUCACAAGGUGGCAUAUAUAAUAGCCCACCUACAUCUUCCCCGAAAUUCUGUUCCGCAGAAAACCUUAGCCCAACCGGAUCUUCACGAUUAGGAGAUGGCUAAGUCGAAGAACCACACCGCUCACAACCAGUCCUACAAGGCCCACAAGAAUGGCAUCAAAAAGCCAAAGAGGCACCGCCACACUUCCACCAAAGGGAUGGAUCCAAAGUUUCUGAGGAACCAAAGGUACGCGAGGAAGCAUAACAAGAAGAGCGGUGAAACAGCCACGGAAGAAGAGUAAAGUGUCACUCUCAAAUGGGGCUAUUAGGAUUUGAUUUGCUAUUCAAGUCCCAUAUGUUUUGUGUCAAAUCUAUAUUUAGUAGUAUAGUCAUUUUGAUGAGUUAAUUUAAUCCAGAGAGAAUGCAGUACUUACUCUUAUAGCAUCGUUGCUGGUUUUUGUUUGUUAAAGACCCUUCAAAUUUUAUCGAUGGAUUAUUAUUCAGUUGUUUAUGCUUUCAGUAA